UGCUGCAUGCGGCUGAACACCUACGGUUCGGUUAUUAGUUGGUUAAGCAUCAUUAUGUCGUUCUUGGGCACCGUAGUUUUUUCGGUGCUCAUCGCCCAUAACAUUUUCGAUUUUGUACCAAUUAAAAUCCUUAAAGCUGUGCUUGUAGCCGCCCUUUAUGUUUUCUGGACCCUGUUGGUGGUCAACAAUGUGGCAUCGAUCAUGUUGGCCGUAGGCACCAUCAAGAAAAACCAUCUGCUCAUACUUCCAUGGCUGAUAAACAAUGGACUUCUCCUGGCCUCCUUCACUUUCAUCUGUAUUGCAAUAUGGACUUCUCUUGCUAUCCACCAUGAGUCGUUAAAACUUAUCCUGAUAAUGUUUCUGGUCUUUGCGGCAAUUCUUGUGCUCAGCUGGUAUCUGUACUACGGGAUGUAUUCGCUAUUCAAAACUUUCCAGGCUCAAAGGGAAUCCCAUACAGCUGUCCAUUUUGAAAGCGCUCUACCUAAAUAUCACGAAUAUUAAUGUUGUUAUAACAAAAAUAUCCAUUAAUUAAGACGGCAAUUAUUUUUAAAAUAUCCUCUUA